AUGUUCGCCAAGGACGUCACAAACAUAGGCAGAGCUAUGUCAAGCAGAACAGACUCUUCAUCUGUGACACCUUCCCUGACUCCCGAUUACAGCCAAGGUUCUCGUGCAAAUGCUCAGAGAUCAGCGUCUCGUUCGACCUUGGACCUACCCACACGACGGGCUUCGCCAGCUCCCAAGUCUGCGCACAACCUCAGCCCUCAGUCGCGCCGGCAGCUGAGAUAUGGUCGCGCGCAAGAAGCUCUCCGAACAACGUUCCUCACUUGCGCGUCUGAGCCCUCUCCUACUGACCAACAGAUCCACGCGCUGGAACGCGCGACCGCGUUCCUCAGUGCGCAGGCUCGCGAUGCACGAGAGCGAGCGACAAAGCUUCGCGCGUGUCUUGCAGAUAAAGUAUCGGACGAGGUGCAGAAAUUGGGUGCAGGAGCGUAUCAGGCUAUGCUACGCGAACGUUGGAUGGCAGAGCGAAGGUGUGCUGCGAGAGAAGAGCAGGCGCGCGCCCUUCAGAUAUGUCUGACACAGCUCACGACUACCAACGUAGAUGGCUCCAGCCUACGCGGCGCUAGCAACGUCUCCGCAGCGACUGUGGCUGGUCGGUCGCCUGGCCUCCAGACCCGGCGCAAGACAAAUCUGACACACUUUCUCGAGCGGUCGCCUACCCGGACGGCAUUCCCUCACCGUUCCAGGGCGUCUCCGGUCCACCACGCGAUCACCUCGCCGCGGAGAAAGACGAUCAGCCGCGUGCGUUCGCUGAGGCUGCGCGCCUCGGCGUGUGCGUUCUCCAUGUCCCACGUCAACGCACACCAUACGCGUGCGGACUCGCAGGACGACCGCGCAGACACCCCCACACUAUGCGAUCGCUCCGGCUCUCCUCCGCCCUCACUUGCCCCCGCUCAGCCUUCCAUGACCUCCGCCGCGCACGACCCCCGCUCCCUCCCACCAGCACAACCCCACACAAGCACACUCGCCACCAUGAGCCCCGCUACGGGCAUCGCGCACAUCUUCGCCGCGGCACACCCCCGCACUAAGGCCGAGAUCCUCGCACAGCUCGCUCACGACGAACAUGGUGCCGCGACAAGCAUCAUUCCCGGAUACGCCGUCGAUCUGCUCGACGAGCUCGUCGCGACCGAACUCGACGUCUCGCUCCGCCCCGUACUCCCACCCCCAAGCACCGCCCGCACAGGCUUCUCCGCCUCCACUCUGCGCGGAGCGUCGCCUUCCGGUUCCUCUACGACGAACUCGCCCGAGUCGUCUGGAGCUUCAAGGUCGUCAGAGUCGUCAGGGACGGCGCGGGAGCUAUCCGGGAGAGGCAGGGAAGCUGGUCAACUGGGGCUCAAGCCGCACGAGCAGGCACAGGCUGCUGCUGCGCCCACACCCGCGCCCGUGCCCACACGUCCAACAACACAUGGUGCACCCCCCGCGCCGUCGUCUGGCACGUUCCGCCGGAGCCUGCAUCUUGGGUCGCUGCACCCGGCUGCUCGUGCGAAGAAGUCGAGCGCGCCUGCGGACGAUGUACGAGGGCGCGCGUCGGCGUCGCUCUCGUCCGUUCCGGAGUCGGUGGGGUCGCGUGUACCGGGCGAGAAGCGCGGGUCGUUCAACUCGUACGAGACGAGGAAGAGCGAGGCGGGACUGGUGUCGCGUGUGCGAAACAGACUGUCAGGGCUUGGACGACGAUGA